UCCACCAUGGCUUUCCCCCAAUUGGGAUACCAGUAUAUCCGGCCCAUCUACCCGACGGAUCGCCAAGGGAACGGCAGCUCCCGCAACGGGGCAGAGCUCAGCCCGUCGGGGACCCUCUCCAACGUCCUCUCCACCAUGUACGGAGCGCCUUACGCGGCCGCCGCAGCCGCCCAGGGAUACGGAGCCUUCUUGCCCUAUGCCACCGAACUGCCCAUCUUCCCGCAGCUGGGAGCCCAGUACGAGCUGAAGGAGAGCCCCGGCGUCCAGCACCCGGCCUUCCCGCACCACCACCCGGCUUUCUACCCCUACGGGCAGUACCAGUUCGGCGACCCGUCGAGGCCCAAGAACGCCACGCGGGAGAGCACCAGCACGCUGAAGGCCUGGCUGAACGAGCACCGGAAGAACCCCUACCCGACCAAGGGCGAGAAGAUCAUGCUGGCCAUCAUCACCAAGAUGACCCUCACGCAGGUCUCCACCUGGUUCGCCAACGCCCGGCGGCGCCUCAAGAAGGAGAACAAGAUGACCUGGGCGCCGCGGAGCCGCACCGACGAGGAGGGCAACUCCUACGGCAGCGAGCACGACGAGGAGGACGGCGAGGGCGACAAGCGCGACCCGGACGAGGAGGAGAUCGACCUGGAGAACAUCGACACGGAGAACAUGGAAAGCGGCGCCGCGACGGGCGCCAAAGCCGGCCAGCUCCUCCUGGGCGGGCAGCUGGGAGAGGACAUCGACGACGACGAGGAGGAGGACGAGGAGGAGGACGAGGACGACUCGGAGCCCCCCGACGACUCCGCGCUCCUGCUCCACUCCGACGCCAAAACCACGGACUCCGACGCCUCCGACGGCCUGGACGACUUGGCCGCCCCGGAGAGCUUCUUGAAGGCCAUGGAGGCCCGGCGGCGCGCCUCGGCCGGCGAGCUGCCUUCGCCCAGGGCCCUCCGGCCGCACGCGCCGGCGGCGGCCGCCCCCCCGAGCUUGCAGCUGGUGGCGGGCGCCCACCCGUCGCCAACCGCCGGCCCUGCGCACAGACUCGUCGCCACCUGCCCCCUGGGCAAGUUCGCCGGCUGGUCGGGCCGGGCCUUCUCGCACCCGCACCCGCACCCGCACCCGCUCACCUUGCUGAACUCUCCCCACCUCUUGGGACUCGGGGGGGCCAACCCCGGCGCGGGCCCGACCAACGCGGCGGCCAUCGCGGCGUUCUCCAGGCCGGCGGACCAAGCGCAGCAGCAGCAGAGCUCGGAAGCCUCGGGAACAGAUCGAUCUAGUGCCUUGGAAGUAGAGAAAAGGUUAUUAAAGACCGCUUUUCAACCAGUUCAGAGGCGGCCCCAAAACCAGCUUGAUGCAGCUAUGGUUCUAUCUGCGUUGUCAUCAUCCUAGUUGAUUAUUUUUUAAAAUUAUUGUUCUAAUGACUGUAAAAUACAAAUUCUCUGUAUAGUUAAUGACUUGUACGCAUGCCCAUGUAUUAAAUGAGAAAAAAAAAGACAAAAACCAAGGGGGGGGGGACUGCUUCUGUACUAUCCAUCUGGGUUAGCUGAGUCUGUGAGGUUUUUUGAAAGUCCAGUGCAAAAUAGGAGUCUUUAAAUUUUUUUGUAUAUAUAGUAAAAAAAAAUGUACAUAUGUGUGAAACAAAUUGUACAAGAAAGUAUAUAUUUUUGGCUAAUAAACUGUUGCCAC